AUGGACUGCGCCAACGACAUACAGAAGGUGCCGGAUUGCAUGGGCCAAAUCAACCGCACCGUUUCCAGCGGUUACGGCCGGGGCGGCGGCGGCGGGCCGAGCCCCGCUUGCUGCAGAGUGGUGAAUGGGCUCGACGACAUCUGCUGGAUGCUUCUCUUCCCGGAGUACUACCCUGCCCUCCCCGCCGCGCUUAAGGCCUUGUGCUCCCGCUCGUCGUCGUCGGUGCCCGCCGGGAGCUCCGGUUGA